AUUAUUGUUAUUUUUUUUUAUGGAUUAGGCCCUAAUUACUAAUUUGGAUAGCGAAUAAUAGGAAAUCCAAUAUAUGUGUGCCAAUAUACCCUAUAUUAUGUCGAUCCACAAUAGAGGGGAUAAGCAUGCAUUAUGAUCAGAUGCCACCUAUUCCGACCGUUUUUUCUUUUCAACUGAGGACUUCUACCUUUUUGCCCUUUUUAACUGUGAGGACAUCUAUUUCGAAAUUUGCUUCUCCAACUUUUGUUCUUCCGUUGCAUAUGUAUUUUAUAAUUAUAGGUAACAAGAGUAGCUAUAACUGACUUGUAAAUCAUGUAUUUUUUUUUUAUUUUUUUUUUUCCCUUUUUUAAUGAAGUUUUGGUCAGGUGAAGUAUUUGUUAAUUUUUAACUGGAUAAAAAUGCUAAUGCAUUGCAAGCUUUUUGCAGAUGGAUGCUCGUAGCCUUGCCAUGGAAAUGGCCUCUAUUAUUAUGUGGCAGAAAGGACAGAAACCAGAUCAUUAUAAACAGUUUUGGAAUAAUCCACCAAAGGCUGAUUCUAAUAGAAAUGCUGAUUCUGUCUUGAACUACACCGAAAUGGACAUGCUUAAAGAAGACGAGAAGAGCAUAGAUGCAUCGUCCUCCAUUCCCUUAGACGACGGGUUGCUAGUCGAUUUUGGAGCUAUUGAAGUUAUUCAGUGCUUAAUUGAACAUCACAAUGCGAUUUUCACAGAUGCACAUGAAACUUUCUGGAGAUAAUAACAUCCUAUAAGCUAUAAUCAGAAUUGUCCAUAAAAAUCCAGCAAUUGGG